AGGAUGGAGAGUGCCAAGAGCAAUGAGAUUAUUCAGCCACUAUUAGUGCAAGAUUCGGCGUUAAGUACAAAUAGCCGGGAGAAGUACAUACCAGCUGAAGGUUCAGGAGGAGACCUUAGCAGCAGGGUGUGGACAGAAUCAAAGAAGCUAUGGCACAUAGUUGGGCCAUCCAUCUUCUCCCGCGUCGUCUCCUACUCCAUGAACGUAAUCACUCAAGCCUUUGCCGGCCACCUUGGUGAGGUUGAACUAGCUUCAGUCUCCAUCGCCAACACUGUCAUUGUAGGAUUCAAUUUCGGGUUCUUGCUGGGAAUGGCGAGCGCAUUGGAAACCUUAUGUGGACAGGCCUUUGGGGCUAAAAGGUACCACUUGUUAGGCACAUACAUGCAAAGAUCAUGGAUAGUUCUAUCCAUCUGUUGCUUCAUGUUGUUGCCAUUCUACUUGUACGCCACGCCCGUUUUGAAGUUGCUAGGCCAGCCGGACGAAGUCGCCGAGCUAUCGGGGCAGCUUGCCUUGUGGUUUGUUCCGAUGCAUUUCAGCUUUGCACUUCAGUGCCCGUUACAGAGAUUCUUGCAGAGCCAGCUGAAGACUGGGGUCCUGGUGUGGGCAUCUCUGGCAGCUCUUGUGAUUCACGUGAUUAUUAGUUGGGUUUUUGUGUAUCAAUUUGACAUGGGUGUAAUUGGAGCUGCUGUUGCCUUGGAUAUAUCUUGGUGGGUUUUGGUUUUGGGUAUGUUGGGAUAUACUGUUUGGGGUGGGUGUCCUCAAACAUGGACUGGUUUCUCUAUGCAGGCCUUUUCUGGUCUUUGGGAGUUUACAAGACUUUCUGCUGCUGCUGGUGUAAUGCUUUGUUUGGAGAAUUGGUAUUAUAGAAUAUUGAUAUUGAUGACCGGCAACCUAAAGAAUGCAACUAUUGCCGUGGAUGCUCUCUCCGUCUGCAUGGGAAUCAAUGGCUGGGAAAUGAUGAUUCCUCUAGCAUUCUUUGCGGCAACCGGAGUAAGGGUAGCCAAUGAACUCGGUGCGGGGAACGGAAAGGCAGCGAAAUUUGCAGCAAAAGUGGCAGUUAUCCAAUCAACAGUGAUAGGCAUCAUCUUCUGCGGCCUUAUUCUGUUGCUCCAUAGCCAAAUUGCUUACAUUUUCUCAUCAAGUUCUCAAGUUAUUGCAGCAGUGAACAAGUUCUCGUACCUCUUAGCUCUCACCAUUCUUCUCAACAGUGUUCAACCAGUGCUCUCCGGUGUAGCUGUAGGAUCUGGUUGGCAAGCUUGGGUUGCAUACGUGAAUUUGACUUGUUAUUAUGUAGUCGGGAUUCCCGCGGGAAUCGUACUCGGUUGGUUCUUAGACUUGGGUGUUGAGGGUAUCUGGGGCGGAAUGAUCGUUGGUGGAACUGCUGUGCAGACAGGGAUACUAGCCAUAAUAACCAUCCAUCGCGACUGGGAAAAAGAGGCUGAAAAUGCUUCCAGGAAUAUCCAAAAAUUGUCAUGUCCAAUUCCUGAUUUGUUAUCAUGACUUGUAGACUGAAUUUGUGGCACGGUGGAGUUGCCUGGUUUUUUUGAUUGAAGCUUUUCAGUUGUCAAGAAUAUCUCAUACCAUUAGAGAAUUCGUCAAAAAUUUAUCUAGUGGACUGCGAAUAAAUUUUGUCAAUAAUGUCAAAAAUAUGUUUAGCAGUGCAUU